AUGACACCUCAAGGGUCAAUUCUCUUUGUCGAUGCCUACGACUCGUUUGCAGAGAACAUAGCUGCUCUUCUUCAUGAGCAGCUCCGGGUCGAGGUGACACUGGUGAGGAUCGAUUGUGAUAUUCCGGCUCAGUUCAAGCAGUCCCCUCGGACAUUCUUUGCCAGUUUCGACGCCAUAGUCCUCGGUCCUGGGCCUGGAAAUCCCCAAAAUGAAUCUGAUGUCGGUCUGUUCAACCAAGUCUGGGCUUGUGCCUCGGAAGACAACAUUCCGGUGCUCGGCAUAUGCUUAGGUUUCCAGAGUCUAUGCGUUCAAAAUGGGGUUCCUGUCGUGCGAUUGGGCCUGCCUUGUCAUGGACACCCUAAGGAGAUAUACCAUGGAGAUAGAGACAUAUUCUGCCGUUCCGGAAGCAUCAUUGCCACGAAUUACAAUAGCCUGGGGGUCCGCCUAAGUGACUUCAAGCGGGAUGGGACUCCGAGUCGUCCGAGUUCAUCUGCCUCCAGCGAGAGCACAUCAUCUCUGCGGAGCCUGCCAUCUAGGGUGUCUACCCCCUUUGAGCCUCCGAAUGAGCCGCAAGAACAUCAGACCUGCAAUAAUCUGGAAGUCCUAGCCUGGGAUAAAGAUGAUUGGGUCAUGGCCGCCAGACACAAGCUCUUUCCGUUUCGCGGCUUCCAAUUCCACCCUGAAUCAUGCAAGUCCAGUUCAAGUUGUCACGUCGUAAUCAAACAAUGGUGGGACGCCACGAGAAAGCACAACUCAGCAUUUCGACAUCUCGUUUCUGCCCCACGGGCAACCUCUCCCAAGGUCGCGCAAGUGACGCAUCCCUGCGAAAGCACCGCCCUGUCUAGAGAACUUGAAUCUCUCUCAAAGACUUGCAAUGGCGGCAUAAGCCGCAGGUCCAUACUUAUACCGCGUGGGAGCGGUAUCGUUGCAAGUCUGUGCCACCAAAGAUCACCGCCAAACGCUUCUGUGAUGCUAGAGUCUACCAAAAGGGGCAAGUACAGCAUAUACGCCUUCCCUGAUGAAUCCGGUUUGCAUUUAGAAUACGCUGGAGGACGCAUUACCUUGACGCAAGGCUCCAGCCCUCCUACCAGCGUCAUGCUUUCUCGGGAACAUGUGAUUGAAAACCUAGAAUCCUUCCUUUCUAGCAAAAGUUUUCAAGAAGAUGGUACAUCUGAAAUCCCAUUCAGGGGCGGGUUCAUGGGUUUCAUGUCAUAUGAACUCGGGACGGCGUCAUUGCAUCUUGAUGUUCCAGAGCAGAUUCAGUCACCAAUCUCUUUGCCAGAGAUCAGUCUCCUUUGGGUGGAGCGCAGUAUUGUCGUCGACCAUCAUACCGGGAUGGCUUACGUGCAAUCUAUACGAGAUAAUGACGGCUCUUGGGUUGAUGAAAUGGUUAGUGUGCUAAGUGACACAUCUGUGUCCAAUACAUUGGUUUCGAACCGACCAGAGACCAGCAAAUUGCACCAAAUUCUGUCCCCCGCGAAUUUCACCCUCCCAGAUCACGACACAUAUAUUUCGCGCAUUCGGGCAUGUCAGUCUGAACUUCUCGCCGGCAACUCUUACGAAUUAUGUCUCACCACAGAAGCAACUGUCAAGACACCCGUUACCCCCGAGGCCUCCUGGCUACUUUACAACAACAUUCAACAACAUAACCCUGUUCCCUUUGCUUCGUUUGUCCGUCUCAGUAAAAUCACCAUCCUGUCCUCCUCCCCGGAGCAAUUCCUCUCCUGGUCCUCUAAAGAUGGCGGCAUCGACAUGAUCCCCAUGAAAGGAACUGUUAAAAAAACCCCGGAGAUGACGCUCGCCAAGGCCACUGCAAUCUUGUCCUCUGCGAAGGAAAGCGCCGAGAAUCUCAUGAUCGCGGACCUUAUCCGACAUGACCUAUACAGCACCGUGGGUCGCCACGCGAAAGUUGAAGUGGUGAAAUUAUGCGACGUGGUUGAGUCAGAAACCGUCUUUUCGCUCGUCUCACACAUUCGCGCCCACGUUCCAUUGCCUCCCGAAACGGAUCGGAAGUCUGAUGAAUACGCGAGGGCAAUGGCCAGAUACGGUGUGAGAGCACUUACGCGCACGCUCCCACCAGGAAGUAUGACGGGCGCCCCAAAGAAGCGGUCCUGUGAGAUCCUCCACGGGCUGGAACAGAGAGAACGUGGCGUUUACUCUGGAGCAAUUGGAUAUAUGGAUGUCGGUGGCAAUGGCGCUUGGUCGGUGUGUAUACGCACUGCGUUCUCUAAUGAUGACGAGAGAGAGAAGGAUCCGAGUACUGGCCAAGAAUGGCAGAAGUGGCGAAUUGGUGCCGGUGGAGCGAUUACAGUGCUCAGCGACGAGGAGCAGGAAUGGGAGGAGAUGGUGACCAAGCUGGAUAGUGUUUUGAGAGGCUUUCAGGUGGAUUGA